AAAGUAGCCGAAUGGUAGACCUGAAAAAACUCUCUAAAUGAAUAAUUCUUUAUUAAAAAUAAAAUUAUAUCUACUCUGCAUCGUUUUUUCAAUCCAAGUUAAAAUGAGGCUUCUCACUAGUUGAACAUAAGUGUUUGUUUUGAUUAUGAAAAUAUUUGUUUUGGAUUUAUUAGUGGAUUAGUUAGUGUUAAGGAUGUAUAAUUAGCAUGUAUUAUGUCCAUGUUGGCCAAUCACAUGUGUUUCAUAGGGAUAUUUGGAAGCUGAGUAAAUAACGGAUAUUCAACCAAUAAAUAUGUUAAAUAACUUUAACCUCUUAUCCCACAAAACUAUAUUAAAGUAUGAAGCACGUAAAGCUCAAAUACAGAACGCCACACAAACACUUAUGUCCAUCGAUGACACCGAUGACACGCUUCAGUGUAACCGGAGUUUACACAGGACGAUCCUCACUGCACAUUCACAAGUGCACAGCUGUUAGAUUAUAAAUAUAACAUGUAAUUCAAUGAGCCUAAUCAGUGUCACAUCCUCUUCACAACACCUCACAAAUAAACCUGUGCAUAAUAACAGGAACAUUGAUCACAGCAGAUGAUUUCAUGUCUGACAGUGAACAAGCGUUUGAUGGCAGCGGUGCAUUAAAGGACUGAACGUAAAGAAUUAAAGAAACGAAAGCGCUUCGAGAGAAAACCUGUUAAUGUGGAACUGCACAAAUACAGCUUUCUAUAUUUACCUGUCAAUCAUCAUAGUAACAUUAAGCUAAAUGUGUAAUUAUUAAAAGUCAAUUUUACAUCAAGCAGCCAAUUUUAUAAUUGUUUGUCUCAAGAAUCGUGAUUUUAACAGAAUCGAUGUUUUUCAAACCCUCUAAUAGAAACAUCUCUAUCGUUUGACACUUUAUACUGUCAUCAUACCGGCCUGCCCUAGCUGUGAUUAUGAUGGAACUGUUGUAAUGUUUAGAAAGAGACUCUUCUUUCAAAUCGUUUUAUGCUGUUCUUGUGUGUUUGUGUCGUACAGGCCGAUAUCAACAGCUUGAAAAACUUUCUCUCUGCCGCCCGACUGGCACACAGAGGAAGUGACACGGACUCUCUCCCGCUGUCCACCCUCACACCGGUCCGUGCCCGUGAUGUCGAGAAGCCGAAGAAGAAGCUCACCAUUUUGUCAAAGAAGGACUAUCCUCUCACUUCCUGCUUCCCGUAUUCCCUGGAACAGCUGCAGGUGUCGUACUGCAGACUGUCACGAGUGGACAUGCGCAUGCUGUCGCUCAAAGCGCUCCGUCGGUUAGAUCUGAGCAACAAUCAUAUCAAGACGUUGCCGUCCACCAUCGGAGACUUGAGCUGCCUGUCCGAAUUAAUUCUUCACAAUAAUCACCUGGAGAACUUCAGUGACGUGCUGUGCGUGUCGAGUCUACAGACGUCUCUUCAGCAUCUGGACUUGAGUCAGAACCGGCUGACGGUCCUGCCCGCUCGAUUCUGUCGGCUGCACGAGCUGGUCAACCUUAAACUGGACGAUAACAAACUCGUGCGGCUGCCAUUCCACAUCGGGCGGCUCACAAAGAUGCGUUUCCUGUCCGCCGCUCAUAACCAGCUCACUCUACUUCCUGCAGACUUCAGGAAACUGAGUCUGGAAAACUUGGAUCUGUUUGGUAACCCGUUCACUCAACCCAACACUCUUGACCAUACGAUACACCUGACGUUUCCUCUGACGCUACAGGAGUUAACGUCACGCGCUGUGCUCAACCUCAGAAUCCCGUAUGGUCCUCGUAUCAUCCCCUUCCACUUGUGUGAUGAGCUGGAGUUCUGUAAAGUGUGUGAUUGCGGCCGUGCGAGCCUGAAGUCGUACAUCCAGACGGCCGUCAGUAUGAAUCUGCACCUGGUGUCUCACACCGUUGUGUUAGUCGACAACAUGGGCGGCACAGAAGCUCCAGUGCAGCGAUAUUUCUGCUCGCUCACGUGUUACUGCGAGUUCAUGGACAGCUGCGUGCAGCGUGGACUGAGAUGAUGUGAGCGUGUUGAUUAAUGUUUAAUAGUGUGACGUGUGUAUGAACGAUGGUUACAGAUCUCAGAGUUACAUCACAGUGAAUGACAGCAUGUGUUUUCAGUGUUUGUUUGUUUUAUCCUCUUUUUACUUAAAGUUGAAUUGCAAAGACCUUCAAUUUCCAUUGAUCCCUACAGAUCUUUUUGAGA